AUGUCCAGUGUACUACAGGAAAAUUUUAUACAAUCGCUACCAUCCAAAAUUUAUUAUAGACAAAAUUUUGAGACAAAAGUCAAUUAUUGCUUAUCGUAUGAAGAUGAAGAAAAAUUUCUAAAAAAAAGAAAUGAGAUAUAUAAUAAUGGAAAAAUUAAAAGUAUUGCAGAUAAGCUUAUGAGUCCUUUGUGUUAUGUGGCUUUUACUAAUGAAGGAGAUGAAUGUAAUAAGCAAUAUCAUAAUUUGUACUAUUGGUUAGGAAAUGAAUUAUUUAAUAAAUUAGAGGAAGAUUCAUUUUCAAAAGUUAUUGGAAUACUUGAGGAUGUUUCAAAUGUUUUCUCUGGGGGUGGUAGAUGCAAGUGUAAAUUUUUUAAAAAUAUUAAUAAGGAGAAGUUUGAAAAAAUGAAGAUUGUUUUUGAUUACUGUAAAGAUCACGAGAAGAUUGAAAAAACCUUGGAACUGUAUAAGAAAACAUGUGAUAGUAAAUUUAAUGAUUAUCUUGUUAAAGCUAAUAGUGCUUAUAAUGAAAUAUAUAAUUGUACAGAAAAUAAUUCUGAACCAUAUUGUUAUGAACUUAAAAAUCAUGUUACUAAUUGCCUUAAUAAAAAGCUAUCUUCUUUGAAGUGUGAAAUAAAGGAAGUUUCCACAGAAGACAAAGCUUCAAGCCAAUAUAAUACUGAUUAUAUUGACCCAGAAUAUGUAAGAUAUGCAUCUAUUUUUAGUUCAUCUCAAAUUUUCCUGUACUUCGUUCUACCCUUUAUUGGUAUUUUGUUAAUUGGUUUCCUUCUAUAUAAAUUUACUCCAGUUUGGUCAUGGAUACAAGCUCGAGUAUUAAAGAAAAAAUCAAUUAGACGUAAUUUUAAUGAUAUGGAUAAACUAGAAUUAACAGAAUAUACAUAUGAAAAAAGAAAAUCAAAUGUAAGUAGAAGACAAUUAAAUGUAGGAUAUUAUGCUACAUGA